UGUAAGCAAACUGAGUGAAUGCUGAGCUCUGUAGCUGGCAAUUAAUAAAACAGAGAGGAUGAAUGAAUCAUGCCAUGAAGAAGCCCAGGAUGUCUAUACAUUUGACAUCAGGAAAUCUACACUGAAGGAAGUGAAUGCUUGCAUGUGCACUGGAAGGAGCAGCACCAGCUCUGGGGUUUCCUUUUCUUGCCCACAUGUCUUUCUUUGCCUCUCCUUGUUAUGCCUGAUAGGCAGUCUGCUGGGGCAUCCUCAGUGUCUGGAUUACGGGCCACCUUUCCAGCCCCCUUUUCACUUGGAGUUCUGCUCUGCCUAUGAAAAUUUUGGCUGCUGUGACCAGGAGAGAGACAACAGCAUUGCAGCAAAAUACUGGGACAUCAUGGAUUAUUUUGAUCCCCAGGGGCGGAAGCUGUGUGGAACAUAUAUCAAAGAUAUCCUGUGUCAGGAAUGUUCUCCAUAUGCUGCACAUCUCUAUGAUGCAGAAAACCCUCAGACACCCCUAAGAAACCUCCCAGGACUUUGUUUUGACUACUGCUCUGAGUUUUACUUCAACUGCCGCUCUGCCAUCAGCCUGCUGACGAGCGAUAAGCACAUCCAAGAAUGCUGCAAGACAAACAAGACACGCUUUUGCAAUCUCCUUCACCUACACGAUGAGGACUACUGCUUCCCCAACGUGCUGAAGAAUACAGCCCUCAACCGCAACCUGGGCUCGGUGGUGGAGGACCGCAAAGGCUGCCUCCAGCUCUGUCUGAUUGAGGUUGCCAACGGCCUGAGGAACCCAGUACUCAUGGUCCAUGCGAAUGACCAUACCCACCGCAUGUUUGUAGCUGAGCAGGUGGGCGUGAUCUGGGUCUACCUGCCUGAUGGCAGCCGGCUGGAGGAGCCCUUUCUGGAUAUUAAAAGUAUAGUGCUGGCUACACCAUGGAUAGGGGAUGAGAGAGGCUUUCUGGGGAUGGCUUUCCACCCCAAGUACAAGUACAAUGGGAAGUUAUAUAUCUAUUACUCAUACAUGGAUAAGAACCGAGUGGAAAAGAUCAGGAUCAGCGAAUUGAAGGUUUUGGCAUCUGAUGCCAACAAAGCUGAUCCACGCUCUGAAAGGAAUCUUCUGGAGCUUGAGGAACCAGCUGCAAAUCAUAACGGUGGGCAGCUGCUCUUUGGUGUAGAUGGCUAUAUGUAUCUAUUCACAGGGGAUGGAGGGAAAGCUGGAGACCCUUUUGGGAAAUUUGGGAAUGCUCAGAACAAGAGCAUUUUGUUGGGCAAAGUCUUGAGGAUUGAUGUGGAUGGAAAAAGUCCAGAUGGAAAGCCUUAUCGCAUCCCUCCUGAUAAUCCAUUUGUGUCUGAUCCCAAGGCCUGCCCUGAGGUUUAUGCUUACGGGGUCAGGAAUAUGUGGCGCUGUGCAGUUGAUAGAGGGGACCCUGUCACAAAAAGAGGAAGAGGGAGGAUAUUCUGUGGAGAUGUUGGGCAGAACAGGUUUGAAGAAAUCGACAUCAUUGUUAAAGGAGGGAACUAUGGCUGGAGAGCAAAGGAGGGAUUUGAAUGCUACGACACAAAGCUUUGUCACAAUUCCUCUUUGGAUGACAUUCUUCCAAUAUUUGCAUAUGGCCGCAAUAUGGGGAAGUCAGUCACUGGAGGUUAUGUAUACAGAGGAUGUGAAUCGCCCAACUUGAAUGGCCUUUAUAUUUUUGGUGAUUUCAUGAAUGGUCGACUUAUGGCUUUACAGGAAGAUGACAAGACAAAUAAGUGGAAGAAGCAAGAUAUCUGCAUUGGCAGCACACGAGCGUGUGCGUUCCCUGGAAUGGUCAGUUCUUACAGCAAAUUCAUCAUCUCAUUUGCUGAGGAUGAAGCAGGUGAGCUGUAUUUUAUGUCUACUGCAUAUCCCAGUGCCUAUGCACCACAUGGAUCACUCUACAAGUUCAUUGAUCCUGCAAGGAGAGCUCCACCGGGGAAGUGUAAUUACAAGCCUGUUCCAGUGAAAACAAAGAGUGAACGGAUAUCAUUUGUUCCACGUGCAAAGACGGUCCUUGAGCUGCUUAAUGAACCUUCAACACCCAAGCCUCCAAAAAAAUCUUCUGCCCCCACUGCAGCCAUCCCAACAAAAGCAUCAACAGUGAAACCAGCUCCAUCUGGUAAAAGGAGACAGAAAAUCAAAGCUGAGGCUAAACCUCACAAGCCAAAGCAGGAAGAGAAGGUUGCACACAUUUCCAGAACUACACAAGCACCACCUUUGCCAAAAAAGAGCUCCCACCUAACCAGAACCAAGAAGCUUCUUCCAAAGAAAGCAGCACUAGCUAAGGAAAAAUUGAAAAAGAGGAGGAAGGAGAGUAGAUUAAGAAGCAGUUUUUGAAGCUCAGUGGUGUCCCAGAAAAAGCAAGUCAUGUGUAAGAUGGUGGAAAAGAAUGUUUUGAAUAGGGACCAAAUAAGAGAAUAAGCUGGCUUGCUAUGCCAGUGCUCCCAGGUGUGCCUCUAUAACUGUCAGUGUUAGCAGUCUCUGUAUCUGUUCUGUCAAACCUUAACAGCACCAGCCUCACUAUUAGUAACUUUCUUUGCAAAUGCUGCUGUGAUGUCCUUUUCUGACAUAAGUAGUUAUGAGGGUCUCUGAUGGACAUUUACUGGUGAGAUUUGGCUCUCUAUGACUGUGUAAUAAAUCAAAGUGCCUCAAACUUUCAGGGCUUGCAUCUUUUAUCCAAGAAUAUGAAAUAAACAUGUCAAUGACUUCA